AUGACCGGCAAACUCGCCGAGAAGCUGCCGGUGACCAUGAGCAGUUUGCUAAACCAACUGCCUGACAAUCUGUACCCCGAGGAGAUCCCCAGCGCGCUCAACCUCUUCUCCGGCAGCAGCGACUCGGUAGCCCAUUACAAUCCGAUGGCUACAGAGAAUGUGAUGGACAUCGGUCUGACCAACGAGAAGCCCAACCCGGAACUCUCUUAUUCCGGCUCCUUCCAGCCAGCCCCCGGCAACAAGACCGUGACCUACUUGGGAAAGUUCGCCUUCGACUCCCCUUCCAACUGGUGCCAGGACAACAUCAUUAGCCUCAUGAGCGCCGGCAUCUUGGGGGUGCCCCCGGCCUCAGGGGCACUCAGCACGCAGACCUCCACGGCCAGCAUGGUGCAGCCACCACAGAGUGACGUGGAGGCCAUGUAUCCGGCGCUGCCCCCCUAUUCUAACUGCAGUGAUCUCUAUUCGGAGCCUGUGUCUUUCCACGACCCCCAGGGCAACCCCGGGCUCGCCUAUUCCCCCCAGGAUUAUCAAUCGGCCAAGCCGGCCUUGGACAGCAAUCUCUUCCCCAUGAUUCCUGACUACAACAUAUACCACCACCCCAACGACAUGGGUUCUAUUCCGGAGCACAAGCCCUUCCAGGGCAUGGACCCCAUCCGAGUCAACCCGCCCCCCAUUACCCCCCUGGAGACCAUCAAGGCAUUCAAAGACAAGCAAAUCCACCCAGGCUUCAGCAGCCUGCCUCAGCCACCGCUCACGCUCAAGCCCAUCCGGCCACGCAAGUACCCCAACCGACCCAGCAAGACCCCGCUCCACGAGAGGCCCCACGCGUGCCCAGCGGAGGGCUGCGAUCGCCGUUUCAGCCGCUCGGACGAGCUGACUCGGCACCUGCGCAUCCACACUGGCCACAAGCCCUUUCAGUGCCGGAUCUGCAUGCGGAGCUUCAGCCGCAGCGACCACCUUACCACUCACAUCCGCACGCAUACGGGCGAGAAGCCCUUUGCCUGCGAGUUCUGCGGGCGCAAGUUUGCGCGCAGCGACGAGCGCAAGCGCCAUGCCAAGAUCCACCUCAAGCAAAAGGAGAAAAAGGCGGAGAAGGGGGGUGCGCCUUCUGCGUCCUCAGCGCCCCCAGUGUCCCUGGCCCCUGUGGUCACCACCUGUGCCUGA